AUGGGCAUCGGGGGUGUCAACGUCCCACUGGAAGAGAAAUCGAGGGAUGCGCAGGUGGCCUUUUACACGGGAAUCUACGACACAGAAGGGGUGCCCCACACCAAGAGCGGGGAGAGACAGCCCAUCCAGGUCAACAUGCAGUUUAACGACAUUGGCGUUUUCGAAACUGUCUGGCAAGUCAAAUUCUACAACUACCACAAACGAGAUCAUUGCCAAUGGGGAAACAGCUUUGGUAGUAUUGAGUAUGAAUGCAAACCAAAUGAAACGCGCAGUCUUAUGUGGAUCAAUAAAGAGACCUUCCACUGAAGGGAUGUGAAACCAAUACUGCUGGACAAUCUCCCUCAAGAAAAAUCUACCUUUUUAAACCAGCAAGAAGCCUUAACAAAGGCAUACUGGAACAUUGCUUUGUUCCAUGAGGUUCCAACAACUAUGUUGUAUACACAGGUGGUGCCACUAAAAUCUUUGCCUAUUACUGUAUUUUAAGUUUACCAUGGCAUCUAUUACAUUCUUUAUCUGUCACCCUGAGAAUACUGUAGAGUUCAUGGUAAAGAGUAUUUGAUAGCUGGGUAGAAAGUCAUAGCAUCAUAAUACUGUCGUAUUUGGAUUAUGCCCACUAAACGGUUCCACUAGACGUAAAAACUUUUGUGAAGUGUUUUGCUUUAUUGCUUAGAAUUUGGAUGCAACAUCAUAUUGGUGAUUUCUGUAUUUAUACUUGUGUUUGCUCCUAAGUCAGUGUGUUCCUUCAAGCAUUUUGUCAUACACGUCACCCCAGUGGACAGCAAAAAGUGCAAGUUAUGGAUGUUUGUAAGUUUAGCUAAAUGGCAGCUACUGCACUGUUGAUAUUGUGAUUUCAUAACAAGGGAUUUGGAAACUCAUUCUCCCUUUUGUUAAGUGCUGUAAGAUAUUCUGUGAAGUUUC